AUGGAUGACGAGGAGGCAGCGGAAAUAGCUCAGCUGCGUCAGCAGCGGUCACGCCUUAAGGAGCGGCUAGAAAGUCGAAAAAAAGCCACCGCGUCGCUCGUAAACGACCUGCUGACGUCAGCUCCUAACACCGGCGGAGGCGGCGGAAUUUCCGCCGCGCGCCGCUCGCCUUCGGUCGACGAUGUUCCGCCUGUCGCUGCGACGAACACGGCGCUGGCGGCGACGGGGUUAACUAACAGCGCGAAUGCCGGCGGCGCCGGCGGAGGCGGAGGAAGAUCUGACGUGUCAGGCAGCGAAGGUCGCGACGACGGAGGCGACUCGAACGUCAUCUCGGGCGCUGCGGGAGCCACCGAGGCGACAGCUGGCGUUAGCGGCGGCGGCGGUAGCGGGCCGUUAACGAAACGGCCGCGGAAAAAAGGCUCCCUUCAGAACAUUCUAGAAGGUUUAGAAGACGAGAAAGCGGGCCGCGGCGGCGCGGGAAAGCUUAGUGGCAUAGUAGCAAGAGGAGGAGGAGCAGCAGCAGCGGGAGGAGGAUUCGCAAUUCCCUCUCGAACUGAAAGUCCGAACCUUUACGCGGGUCAGCAAACCCCCACGCCUCCGCCAAUUGACACGUUCCCGCGAGAGGAAGACAUAGUGGACGAGUCGCGCCGGCCGCUGACGUCACUCGAGCGCGUGGAGCGGCUCGUGGCUGCCGUCCUGCUGGCGGCCGGCACGGCGGUGCCUUUGGACUCUAGCGCGAUAAAUAGGAGAUUAAAGAAGGAGUUAAACCCCGAAAGUAUAGACCAAGCCUCGAUUUUAGAGGUCGGAGGGGAGGACGGGCCAAUAGGCGCGCUAGAAACGGCCCUUAGGGUUCUUGCGGGGAUGACUGUCGGGGGGGGCGCGGAAGCGGGAGGCGGAGCGGGGAAGGCGGGGGGAAAGCGGAGCUGGAAGGGCGGAGCAGGGGGGAGCGUGAGCGGAGCGCCAUUAGUGGAGAUAGAAGAAUUUGCUGUGGCUGGAGUGGCUAGGUUGAUGGUUUUAGGGUUUGACAGGCUGGCGCUUUCGCGGAUGUUUCCUGGGGCGACGAUUCCGUCUGCAGAAGCUUCCCGGAAGCAGCAGGAGAGGGAGGAGGAAGAGGAGGUGGGGUUGUUGUUAGGUAGGAGGGGAAGAGGCGGCUUUGGGCGGGAGAAUAGGAGGUUUGGGGUUGGAAGAGGGGGGAUGGGGGGAGAUGGGGGAAGAAUGGGGGGGGACGGGGGCAGGGAGGGUAGGGACAUGGGUGAUAGGGAAGGAUCCGCGCAGUUUCCUCCUGGUAUGGCUCCGCAUGGGUUUGAACCCGCAGGGCCGAUGGGUGGGGUGAAUUACCCUGGGGGAGGCAGGGGGUAUUUUCCUGGCGGGGGUGGGCCAGGAGGGGGUAUGGGGGGGAAUUUCCCCCCUGGGGGUGGACCAGGGCCAAUGGGCAUGCAUGGGGGGGGAGGGCCGGGGAUGGGGGGAAUGGGAGGAAGGCCCCCCUAUGGGCAAGGGGGAAUGGGCGGAGGGGGAAGGGGUGGCGGGGGAGGGCCAGGCGGAGGGGGGCAGGAGGCGGGGGGGAGAUGGGGGAGGGGGAUGGCAGCAGAAGCGGGGGACGGUAGAGGCGGUGGGGGGGAAACCGGAGGGGAAGGGGAGAAGGAGGGGGGGAAGGGGGAGAAAAAAGGGGAGGGGAGGAGCAAAGGCAGGGAGGGAGAUGGGGAGGAGAACGAGGAGGAGGGGGAGGAAGAGGAGAUGCGGGUGGAAGAGAUUUUAUCGAAGAAGUCGUUUAAAGAGAUGCAGCAGUCUAAGCGGGGCGAGGAGCUGUUAGAGCUGCUGCAGAAACCCACUGCUAAAGAGACAGCCGUUGCUGCACGGUUCAAGACCAAGGGCGGGUCCAUGGUGCGGGAGUAUUGCAACCGGCUCACAAAGGACGACUGCCGCCGCCACCGCAACUCAUACACUGCUUGCGACAAGGUGCAUUUCCGCCGCAUCAUAUCCCCUCACACCGACAUGAACCUGGGAGAUUGCUCCUUCCUGGACACUUGUCGACACAUGAAGACGUGCAAGUACGUGCACUACGAGCUCGACCCGGUCCCAGACGGGGCACCCUACGGGGCCAUGAUCCCCCCAGGGGCGGCUCUCCCCCCCGCCGCGGCUGCUGCUGCAGCCAUGGGCAUAUUCGGCCCCCAUGGGGGGCCAAUGGGGCCGCCUGGCAUGCAUGGGCACGGGCCGGCCAUGCCCCCUGUGGUGCAGAUCAACUCGUUCGGGCAGUACAUCCCCUCCACCAUUCCAAGACCCUUCGACCGGCCUCCAAGGCCGGAAUACUGCUCCCAGGUGGAGCUGGGGGAGGCGCAGUGGGUGAACUGUGACAUUCGCAACUUCCGCACGGACAUCCUGGGGCAGUUUGGGGUGAUCAUGGCAGAUCCCCCGUGGGACAUUCACAUGGAGUUACCAUAUGGCACCAUGGCUGAUGAUGAGAUGAGAACACUGAAUGUCCCGGGCUUGCAAACGGAUGGGCUCAUAUUCCUCUGGGUGACAGGGCGUGCCAUGGAGCUGGGGCGAGAGUGUUUGGAGCUGUGGGGGUACCGACGAGUGGAGGAGAUCAUAUGGGUGAAGACGAAUCAACUCCAACGCAUCAUCCGCACGGGGCGCACGGGGCACUGGCUGAACCACAGCAAGGAGCACUGCCUGGUGGGCAUCAAGGGCGCCCCCCUUGUGAACCGCAACAUUGACACCGACGUGAUCGUCGCUGAAGUCCGCGAGACGAGUAGAAAGCCCGAUGAGAUGUAUUCCAUGCUUGAGCGCAUCAGUCCGCGGACUCGGAAGCUGGAGCUGUUUGCGCGCAUGCACAACACACAUGCGGGCUCGACGGCUCGCAUCUUCCCUGCAUGGGACGCUGACCUGCUCAUGUGCUUCCUCUCCCUCACCCUCCAUCCCAUACACCCCCCAAUCACCCUCCUGCACACUCCCUGCACACUCCCCUCCCUCCCUUUCUCCCUUUCUCCAGGCACCUGGAUAUCGCUGGGCAAUCACCUGGACGGCACGCAUCUUGUGGACGCUGACCUGCUGGUAGACAUGGGCAAUCGAGUCAAGUAUUGUAGACCUGCAUACUCCCCUCCCUUCGUGCUGCCCCCUUCUCCUCCCUGCAUACCCCCCUCCCUUUGCCUCACCUCAGCUGGAUCUCGCUGGGCAAGCAGCUGGACGGCUCGUAUCUUGUGGACGCUGACCUGCUCCCUCCUCUGGGGAUGCUUCCUCUCCCUCUCUGACGCUGACCCAGCGUCCAUCCCAUACACCCCCCAUUCACCCUCCUGCACCCUCCCUGCACUCCCUCCUCCCUUCAUCUCACCUCAGCUGGAUCUCGCUGGGCAAUCAGCUGGACGGCACGCGCCUUGUGGAUGCUGA